AUGUCAGGCCUUGCUGAAGAAAUCAAUCGCAGAUUUAAUAAUUUAAGAUCACUUAAACCUUCUUUUUCAUUCCUGGAAAAUCCUUUUGCUGUUGAUGUUGUGAGCGAUGGCUGUCCUAUUUCAUCACCAAUAACAAAGGAUACAGGAGCUGUAGAGUUGGAGUUACUAGAACUGCAAGAAGACGAAGGACUAAAAGGACUUAAACGAAGUGGCGUUUCAACCAUAGAAUUUUGGAAAAAUGUCCCAGAAGAAAAAUACCCACAAACAAAAAUGUGUGCUAUGAAACUUAUUUCAAUCUUUGGCACUACUUAUGUGUGUGAAUCAUUGUACUCAACGUUAAAAUUCGUUAAAUCUAAAUAUCGAUCUGAACUAACUGAUGAACAUUUAAGUGAACUUGUGCGAACUGCGCUUACAAAUUAUCAGCCCGAUUUCACAAAGCUCACAGAAAAAAUGAACACUCGAAAAAGCACUUCUCAUAAAUAA